UCGUUAAUGGCCACAUUUACUCUGGCCGAUAAUUAUCCGGGCGUAAUUGAACUGGUGGGCUAUAGCAAUCGGCGAGCACGUACCUAUUACCAACCCAGCGAGGAACGUCCUGUGGCCCCAUCCGCCGACUCCAAAAUGCAAGCCGAUAUUGAAACGGUUAAGCAAAACAUUGAAAAAUACAAUAAAUUGCUAACACUGGAUACGAAAAAUCUACCAGAAUCCCAAAAGGAUAUGUUGGAAAGGAUUGUGGAGAGAGUGGCACGUCUCAAGGAGACAUUGGAUAUCAAUGAAAAAUUAUUAGCAAAUUCAACACAAAGUAAAUCUGCCGACAAACACAAUGAAGAUGAUGAAGAAGAAAACUCCACUUUAACACCCACGGAUGUUACAGAUGCCUUUGCUGCCGAAGAAGAGGAAGAGGGUAAAACUGAACCCACUUUGGUCUUGGAUGAAACCACAUUGUUGCAAUUACAAAAUUCCAUGGAUAAAUUGGCUGCUGCCCAGGCGGCUGUAACCACAUCACAGACUGGACAAAUUCCCGAAUUUCCCACGACCACAGAAAUGAAUGCAGAAACAGUGGGCCAGGAUGAAAGCGCUGAAAGCUCAACAGAUAUACCCACCGCCAGUGAGGAUUACGAUAUCUCGACCAUGGAAUCGGCCACUGAAAUAACUGAUCCUCAAGAAGAUUUUGUGGCUGCACGUUCCAACAAUGUGGGUAUUACAGCAGCGGCUGAUGAAAGUGAGACAAUGGCCACCCUUAGCACCACCAUUGGUAGCCAAAGAACUCUGACCACAAGUGGUAAAACCACAAAAACUCGUGCCACCAAGAGACCCAACGGCCAUACAUCAACCAAAGGUACAGGUGGUAAACGUCGUCCUUCUACAUCGUCCUAUACUAAAACCUCAUCGACCAAGCAAAGGAUUACACACGCACCCUCAACUGUAACACAAUCAUCGUAUCAACAGAAAAUUAGCCACAAACCACUGAGUCAACCUUCGUUGCAAUCCUAUCAACAGGCACCUCCCAAACCCGUGUCCGUCUCACCAUCGGGCUUAGAUAAAUACACUUCUUCGUCCAGUUCAACGCUAACCACUUCAUCUUAUGGUGGUAUUAAUCCUGUUAAUAACAUGGCAAGUUUGUCCGCUUCAUCGUCAUCCGCCUCCUCCGCAGCAGCAACUAGUGUAUCAACAGCCUCAACUUUGCCAUCGAAUAGUUAUGGUUCGAACAAUCAGGAUAUUGUUUAUGAUGCUCAUGUCAACACAUCGGCCAUAAUCGAUAGUUUAAAUAACAAUGGUCGCGAGGAAUUCUAUCAACAGCAGCAACAACAACAAGCUCAACAAAAACAAGGACUACCAACUGCUAUCACCAAUAAAGAUAAGAAACCAUUGAACGGUGCAAAACCCACCAAAUAUCAUUACUAUCCACACAAUCAACAUAUCUACCUGUUGCCCGAAUGUGCCAUACAACAGGUGUGCAAUGCUGUCUAUGUCCGAUUGAAUUACACUCAACCGCUGUGUGCCUGUCCAUCAAGAUACCGCGACCCCUGUUCAGCCAGUUUGAAUGAAGACGAUCAGCAUACAACAAAAUUAGUGGGAGAUGGCAAGAAAAAGGUUUAA